AUGAAACGACCGGCCGACAAUCACGACGAUGCUACGGCUAGUUCUACGGUGGUAGCGACGAGUAUCAAUUCUUUGGUACAGGAUGGGAUGCAGCCUCAAAUUUUGCCAAAUUUUAACUCCAGUUUUAUUGCCAGCUCGAACUCGAACGCGAAUCCUUCGAAACCCGCGACACAGAGACAUCGAGCUUCCAUAGCAUGUGCUUCCUGCAGAGAGCGGAGAAUUCGAUGUGUGGUGCCUGCAGGAGGACAAGAGUGCACGCAAUGUAAACGCUCGAAAACGAAAUGCAUCAUCAGGAAUGAUGAUGAGAGGAGACGGCCUAUUUCUAAGGGAUAUGUGUCGUCCCUUACAGACCGGAUCGCAUUGUUAGAAACAAUGCUCAAGGAGGCAGGAAGAGAGAUACCACCUGCAAACUAUCCGCCAAAGACUCGAGCUGAGGCUACAGCCUCACAAAAUGAUUCCAGUUCCGUUCCAGAUCAACAGUAUGGCCAUCAGAAUACUACCCCGAGGAGUACAUCAGAUGAGUCAAUGGACGGCGAUAAUGGAUGCAACAAGAACGAGAACAACAUACCAAAUUCCAUACUUAAGGUUCAUCCACCGCCACAGAUCCAGGCUUCGAAGAAGGAAGGCCUUGUCCAUAUGCUGCUUUCAACACGAGGCCAUCUCAGCUUUGACCAACUAAGUGGCCGGUUACGGUUCUUCGGCCCUGCAUCGAACUUCCACAUAUACGCCGACAGCAAUCCUCCACCCGAGAGUCGCGGAACACCCGAGCAACUCCAACGCACACAACGAGCGAUUUCCUCCUUGAGCAGUGAAACGCACGAUUAUCUCAUGGACCUAUUUUGGGAAUAUUACAAUAGUGUUCUGCAUAUUGUUCACAAGGAAGCUUUCAUGGAGGAUAUGCAGAAUAACAAUAGCAAAUAUUAUUCGAGCUUUCUCCACAUCUGCAUUUUGGCUAUGGGUUACAGAUAUGCAGAUUUGAGGAGAGGUGAUAUGAAAAUGAUCACGCUAGGAAACCGAGAGUGCACACUACAAAGGGAGGCAAAAUAUAUGCUGGAUAUGGAACUGGAACGACCGGGCGGAAUUCCAUCAGUACAGGCAUUCUUGCUUUUGGGAGAUUUAGAGUGUGGCGUUGGACGAGAUAACACCGGGUGGAUGUAUGCAGGUAUUGCGAAUAGAUUGUGUUUCGACCUCGGGUUGCAUUUACUGUGCAAAAAUGGUGGCCUUUCAGAGGAUGACAUUCAUAUUCGGCAAAUGACAUUAUUCGCCUGCGUAGUCUACGAUAAGUAUUGGGCUUUAUUCUUAGGUCGGCCAACAGCUAUAAAAAGCUCAGAUCUCGAAAUGUAUCGCCUAUCCAAGCAAUUUUCCUGCCUAUCCACUUGCAAACCGGCAGGGGUCCAGAAGAGUCUAGAGACCCAAAUUUACGAAGAACUUUUAGAUUUGAUGGAAUUGGCUGGCAAAAUCGCAGAGAUGCGGGAUUCAGGACCGCAAGACGGUCGAGAUACUAACAAAGUCAACAGCGCAUACCUCGAGGUCAUGGAUCUAGACAGGCAGCUCCAAAUUUGGUAUCGAAAGUUGCCAGAUAAUCUGGCUUGGAAACCAGAAAAUAUUCAAACUGCACCUUCGUCCUUCUUCCUCCUGCAUCAACAAUACCAUUGUAGUUUAAUCCUUCUUCACCGACCGUGGGCCAAGUACGAAAAUCCAACGCCAUCGAACUCCGACGAUGGCAACGAUGAUGAUACUUCCAUUAACAUACAAGAUAAUCAUUCCUUCAUGUCCCGCUCCAUCUGCACUCGACGAGCUAUCCUGGUCUCCCGAAUCUUCUGGCAUCACCGCCAACGGUUCGACACUCGCCGUAUCUUCAUCACCGGAAUUCAACAUGCUGGCACCGCAGCAACGGCAUUAGUCGCCGCUCUUGCAUUUAUCCCAAACCGUUCUAAUCGCAAGAUCAACUUGCAGUAUCUCCAAUGUCUCGCCUCAUCCCUCCAGGAUAUGUCCGGUGCCUACCAGCCCGCCGCAUCCAUGUCCUCUAUUCUACAAUCGGUUAUGCUAGAACUCCAAAGCGCCAAUAAGACGCCACCGCCCGAUUUCAGACACCUAAAGCAAGAGGAUACGAUAAUCUCGGCGAGGAAAGGUAGCAACGGCAACGAGACGAAAGAAGAAAGAAUAUCCAAGAAACGCCAAUUUUCAAAGCCUUCAUCCAUUAGCAGGUCAACCAGGCUCGGGUUAGCCCCAAAGAUGACAACCACCCCGGAAUUUGUCUACACACCUGCAACUACCCCGCCUUCAAAUAUGAGUGUAAAUACAAGUGGCUUGCCCGCACUACAUAAUCACUUAGUCGAGGAAGAAGAUCGUUGUGAUGGCUAUGCUAUGCUCACUCCCCACAGUGAAGGGGCUGUUUGGCCAAAUAUUAAUUCGGAUGUUAAUACUCUUGAUUACCCUAUGACUUAUCCUGAGACGGAUAUGUCUAGGACGCAGGUGGGGUGGGUGAGUGGUGAAGGGUUCGAUCCGAUUGCCCCUCAUAACAUGGAUGUUGGAAUAAGGACCGGGAAAACUCUAGAAGGGCCACGAGGCGGUCAGGAGCUGGACUUCUUUAACUUUUGA